CUGGACAAGCGCGAAGAACGAAAACUGGUCUUUUCGCAGUUAUGGACUCUGGUGAACUGCGGUAUACAUUCCACUUUAUAAUUAGCUUACGACAAUUGUAUUUUUGUUAAGUAACUCAUUGGAUUUAUGUUAACUAGUAAAACACAUCAGGUUAGGUUCUACCCGGUAGUAUAAAAAUUAUAUAAAAAACAAACAUUUUAUUAUGAAGGAAACACAAGGAAAAGUAGAUAUAUAUCGUGACACACCUGUCAGAUACUUGGGAUAUGCAAAUGAGGUAGGGGAAGCCUUCAGGUCUCUAAUUCCAAAUUCAGUAGUAUGGUUCAGUUACAUUGUAUCCACUGGAUAUGUUUUUGCAGAUACAAUUGACAAAGGUUUACAAGCCUAUCGUAAAAAUCCAAACGCAACAAAAGAUGUUCUAAUUUCUAUGAGUGAUACUUUACUAUGGCAGUCAUUUGCAUCAGUGAUCAUUCCUGGCUUUACAAUUAACAGAAUUUGCACUGCUGUUCAAUAUGUACAAAAGAGUAAUGUGGCCUUAAAAAGUCGAUGGAUUCCCACAAUUGUUGGUUUGGCAUCCAUACCUUUUAUAAUACAUCCUAUAGAUGCUGCUGUGGAAGAAGCAAUGAAUAUGACUUAUAGAAAGUGGAUAGGAUAUUAUCCUAAAUGACCACUACUUUAAAAUGUGUAUAUGAAGCUGUAGGAUUUGCUAAAAGUAUAUUUUAAGUUUGCUUAAUUUGAAAGGGAAAUACUGCAUUAUUGCAGUCAAGAAUUGUAUACAUUUUGUUAUAUUGUACAUAUUAAAUUUUGUGUUUCAAUAUUAUAAAACACUGUAUAUUGAAUAUACACUCUACAUCAAAAUUAUAUGCAGCUAAUAAUAAAA